AUGCCCUCCGAGGCGCCCGGCAGCGGCGAGGGCGCGGACGCGGGCGCUCCGCGGGAGCGGCGGAGGCGGCGGGGCCGUGCGCGGGCGCGGACCGAGGCGCUGCUGCACACGUUGAAGCGAAGCCGGCGGGUCAAGGCCAACGACCGCGAGCGGAACCGCAUGCACCACCUCAACGCCGCGCUGGACGAGCUCCGCAGCGUCCUGCCCACCUUCCCCGACGACACCAAGCUCACCAAGAUCGAGACCCUGCGCUUCGCCUACAACUACAUCUGGGCGCUGUCCGAGACCCUCCGCCUGGCCGAGCAGUGCCUCCCUCCUCCCGGCCCGUUCCGCGGGGCCGCCGCGCCCCCCAGCCCCGGUAGCGACGCGGGGUCGUGGCUGUCCAGCGCCUCGCCGUCCGCCCCCUCGCUCUGCGCCUCCGCCUCGGGCCCCAGCAGCCCGGCCACCUCCGAGGACUGCGCUUACCCCCCGGCCGACAGCCUGCGGGGGUUCCGCGGGCUGCCCGCGGCCCCGGGCGCGCCCCUCCGCUAG